AUGAGCGCGGCGCCACCAACGCCGCACCGCCACGGGUCGCCCGAGGUCGCGGCCCCCGUGACGGACUUUGCGCUCAUCGAGUCGCAAAAGGAGAACAUUCGGCCGCUGGCAUCUGGCCGCUCGGCAGCGACCCUCGGCGUGCUGUUUGACAAGGCGCGGUCGGACGAAGGGUCCCGCGUCGUCCAGGAGGGCAUCGAGCGGUUCCAGAAGGACAUUGAAGAGGCCGAACGGCGCGACAGGGAAGGAGAAGACAUGGUCGACGGCGUCCAGGACGUGUUGGACGUGUAUAAUCGCUAUGUGGCCUUUUUGGUUCAGCACUUUCCCUCGUCCCCGGCCCAGGUCCUGCCCCUGCUUGAAAGCACGACGCGCCGCUUCGUCGACGAUGCGCGGUACGCCCAGGACGCGCGAUACCUCAAGCUCUGGGUCAUGUACGCGCGCCAGGUGGAGCGCAGGGAGGAGGUGUGGUCGUUUCUCGAGUCGCGCGAUAUCGGCACCCGCCACGCCAACUUUUACGAAGAGUGGGCCGCGGCGCUCGAGGGUAUGGGCCGCAAGAAGAAGGCCGACGACGUGUACCGUCUGGGCAUUGCGCGCAAGGCCGCGCCCAUCGAGCGUCUCAAGAACCGACACACCGCGUUCCUCACGCGUAUCAUGGCCCCGCCCAGCGGCCAGGUGCCCGACGACGACCCCACGCCGGCGCCCACUCCCUCGACGUCCCAGCGCAACGCCCUCGGCCAGCGUAGCGGCAGCAGCGGGCUCGCUGGUGCCACCACCCAGGCGUCCGGCUCGAGGUCUACCAGCACGGCACGCAACGGCGCCAAGAUGAUGGUGUUUACCGAGGACGCCGGUGCUCCCGCCGAGCAGCCAGAGACGACCCCAUGGGACGACUUUGGCACCCGCGACGGUCGCCGGAAGGAGAACACCGUCGAGGCCACCCCGUGGAAGGGCGAGACGCUGAAACAAGGCCGGGCAGUCGCGCCGCGCACGCCCAAGCUCGAGGUGUUCAAGGACUCGGGCGAGGCGGGCAAUGUCGUGCACGGAGCGUCCGAGGUGCUAGGCGGGCUCCGUCCCAAGGCGCCCGCAUCCGACGCAGAGCUGCUCCGCGCUGACCCUCUGCGCAACUUUGACACUGUCGGCGUGUCCGCCGGCGUCCCUACCAUCCCUGCCGUCCAUCCCCUUCCGGCACCUCCCAGCGCUCGCAAGCCGCCGCCAGCAAAGAAGAGCAAGAAGGAACACUUCCACGCCGCGCCGUGGGUGUGUCCCACCGGCGGAGCCGACGUGCGCGACUCGCGCGGAAAGAUUGAGCGCCGCAUGUUCGACUGGGACGCGACGUUCCGUGGCGGCGAGGAGUGGAGCUUUGAGGAGAUUCGCGCACGCAAGCUCGGGCUCCUGGGCAAGGACUGGAAGGAGCUCAAGGACUGGGAGCGCGGGUGGCACAAGCCCGGCGCGAGCUCGCCCAAGCCCGUCAAGAUUGUGCGCCCGCCAUCGCCUACCCUCAACACCAAGCUCGCCAACGAAGAAGUCAUGGGUCUCUUCAACCAGACGAUUCACGGCGGCAAGGUGCGCGACUACAGCGACGACGACUCGAGCGGCGACGAGGAUGAGGACGAGGACGACGGCGACGACGUCGGUCUGCCCACGCCUCUCCCUCCCCGCCACGCCGUCUCCAUGAUGACCCCAGGCGGCAUGGUCCCUCCCACUCCCUGCCCAGCCCCAGGUGCUCGCCAGGCCGUACCCCCUCAAACCCCCAACGUCUUUGCGGAUGAAAACGCCAGCGCACCACGCAAGCUCAACAUCUUCGCCGACGAGAACAGCGCGCAGGACGAGAACGCCGUCCCACCGAGCAGCACGCGCAAGCUCGCUGUGUUUGCCGAGACUCCCGCUCCCGCAGCCAAGCAACCUCUGGCUGCCCGCACGCCCCUGGCCUCGUCGUCCAAGCCUCGUGCGUUUGGCAUCUACGACGCAGACGCCGAGAACCAGCCUGCCGCCACACCCGCGCCCGCACGGGGUAACAUCUUCGCCAACCACGAGGCCCAGCAGGGCGGUGUCAUUGACGAGGAAUCCGAGGCGGAGGCGGAGGCUGAGGCUGAAGCCGAGGCCGCGGCCGAAGCGGCGUAUGAAGAAGAAGGCGAGUACUCGGACGACGACCGCGAAAUGCGUCGUUAUGGCCGGUUUGGCCAGUUCAACAUCAUGACCCCUAUCACGGAGCGUACAUGCGAGUACACGACGUACACCGCCACGACUGGACGAUCCCGCCGCGCAAGCACGUUCUCGGAGAUCGACGACGGCGCAUCGGACGGCGGGGCGCUGUCAAGCGGCCCGCUUCUUGCUGGUAUUGCCGAGGAGGAAGGGUCGGCCCGCGCCUCCCCUCGCGAGUCUCUCGAGCCUACAUCUACAGGACACGCGUCUGACUAUGACCGUUCCGGCUCGGUCGACACGGGCGCGUUCGGCGUACCCGAGGGCUACACCAUUGCGGUCAAGUUGGAUGGCCAGGACAUGGACUCUGCUACGGGGAUGAUGAACACUCUUGUUGUGGUCGACCACAACAACGACACGCAAACCGACGCUCCUCUUCCCGACUUGCUAAACCCGUGCAACCCUGCAGACGACGCGGUGAUCAGCAACCUCCUUCGUCUGGUGGACCCGCCCGUGUCCGAGCUCCCACUGUUCGUCGACCGCAGGAGCGAGACCUCCAACCGUUUGGCAGCUUUACAAAAGGCUGCCAAGGCGCGUGCUCGUCGCUCCAGCACGGCUUCCUCCCGCCUGUCCAUGGCCCCGUCUGACGAUGCCUAUGUCCUCGAUCUCGCUGGAAAGCAGUACGAGGUGGCAGGCAAACUCGGCGAGGGCGGGUUUGGCGCCGUCUUCCUUGGCAUUGACGUUGCUGCUCGCACCGCGGCCGAGGACCUGAGCGACGACGAGGAUGACGAGGCCAAUGUCUUUGUCGCCGUCAAGGUCGAGAGCCCCGGGUCGCUCUGGGAGGCUGUGGUCCUUGACCGCGUGCACCGUCGUGUCGACGCCGCCCUCUUGCCCUCUAUCAUCCGGCCUCGUGGACUUUGCUCGUACUCUGACGAGUCCUUCCUUCUCCUGGACUAUUCGUCGCAGGGCACACUUCUCGAUGUGGUUAACAAGGCCAUUGUGUGGGGGAUUGCCGCCAUCCCCUCAGGCCCAUCGACACUGGACGAGCUCGCAGCCCUCUUCUUCACCGCGGAGCUCCUCAAGCUCGUGGAGGGGCUCCAUGCCGCAGACAUUAUCCACGGCGACCUCAAGAUCGACAACUGCCUUGUGCGUCUCGACAGCAUCCCGGCCUCGGAAGGCGGCCCGACGUCCUGGACACCGCAGUACACCCGGUCAGGCAAGAACGGCUGGUCGCACAAGGGUGUGCGCCUCAUCGACUUUGGGCGCGCCGCAGACCUGACCCUCUUCCCUGCUGGUCGGAAGCAGACGUUUGUGGCCGACUGGAAGACGGACGAGCGCGACUGCGUCGAGAUGCGCGAGGGCAGGCCGUGGUCGUACGAGACAGACUACUUUGGCCUUGCGGGUAUCUGCUACUGCAUGCUGUUUGGCAAGUACAUUGCCACCGAGACGGUCGACACGCCCGCCGGCAAGCGGUGUAAGAUUGACCAACCUCUCAAGCGUUACUGGCAGACCGACCUGUGGACGCGUCUGUUCGACACUCUCCUCAACCCCGCGUCCCACGGCGAGCUGCCCAUCACCUCUCAGCUUUCUGCGCUCCGCGUCGAGAUUGAGGGAUGGCUUGAGGACAACUGCCAAAAGGGUGGCAAGAGCCUCAAGCAGCUGCUCAAGCGUAUCGAGCUGCGCGCCAUGGAGAGCCGCCGGGUAUGA